CACAAAGACACAAAAAUACAUUCUUCUGUUGCCUGUAGAGUUCACAUCUUUGUCAAGUUAACUGCAGAAUAGAAAGUCAUUCUUCAGGAGGUGUUUUUAGGAGAAACAUACAGCUCUGAUCAGCCAGACUUCAUCAGUUUCAUUUCAUCUAAAGAUCCCACAGUGUAUUACACCAACAGAACCUCAGAGACGUAAGGACAAAGAGAGGAAGAUGAUGAUAUUCUGUCUGCUCAUGGCAGCUCUUAGCAGCCCUGUUUUUACUGAAGAAUGGAAGGCUGAUGUUGUAAAAAACCUUGAUGUCCUGGUUUCAUCCUGUGUUGUGGUACCCUGUUCAUUCACCCAUCCUAGAGGACCCCUGCCCACGUCCAGGCUCAGAGGAAUCUGGCAUCGUUCAAACAGUGGAGAUGAACGCAUCUAUCACGAGGAUAACACACUAAUCUUAGACAGCUUUAGGGGCCGCACAAAGUUGUUGGGAGCUUUGGGUCAGAACAACUGCACCUUAGAAAUCAUUGACAUUAAAGACCAUGACAAUGGCCCUUUCUGUUUCAGGAUUGAGUUAGCAAAAACAUCGACUGAUACAUCCACCACUGACAAGUUCUCCUUUGUUGAGCAGUGUGUCGAGUUUAAGAUGCUCACUGAUCCUCAAAACCUACAAUGACUUCCGCAAAUACAGCCAUUCAAAUCAUCCGUACACUCUCACCUGUUCAGUCACCCAUACCUGCCCUCCCACGUGCCUAAAACUCACAUGAAUAAGGGAACUGCAGACCAUGGCCACUGAGAUCCGCAGAGAAAUUCAAAGGGCUUGUGGGAGGUGCAGUCCAUCCUGACGUUCAUUCCUGAGGAGAAGGAUGACCACACUGAUGUCACCUGCACAGCAGAAUUUCAUGGAAAGCUCAAGUCCUCUAAAACAAUGCAACUCUAUGUAAAAACGUGAGAUCUUUUCACUCUGCUG